AGGUGCUCAGUGUAGCAAUGGAUACUCACUGGCUGGCACUGUGUGUUUUGCUAGUCGGAUCAGUUUUGGCACGUAAAGAUAGUCACUACCAAGUUGUGGGCGUAGAUUGCGAGGAGAAUGAGGCGGUCAGUUGUCUGAUGAUCAGAUGCCCCACUGGCGGCUCUUGUCCGGCGGAGAACUUCUGCUUCAAUCCCAAGUGCGUUUGCCGCAAAGGACAUCGGCGUCUUCGCGGUGUCUGUGUGCCGAAGCACCAUUCUGUUCACCUGAACAAAGCUACUUUGGAGACGGCUCUGCUCAGCAUUCCCUACAGAGAGUAUUACUUUUGAACGUUCCAAAAUUCUUAAUUAUUGGUUUGAAGAUGAAUACAUUUUGUGCUUUAAUAAAUAGAAUUGGGCUGAUUCCACUUCCCCAGCGAGGAUUUUUAUUUCUAUAUCCAUCUAUCUAUCCAUAUCUAUAUCUAUUUUAUUGAGGAUUGUAAAGUUGUGAUCAACACUUACGAUACAAUUAAAAUAUUCUUUAAACUGGGUUCCAUAUCUAGAAAAUUAUA